CUCCGCGCAUGCGCGCAACAGCGUCCUCCGCCUUCCCAGGAGCCUUUGCGCAUCCCGCGGCAAAGAUGGCGGCUCUGAGCGGCGGCGCGCCGUGGCGGCGGGGCUGGCUGCCCGCCCUGCAGUUCGCCCGUCGCGGCUCCAAGGCGGUCACCCGGCACUGGAAGGCCAUGCACUUCCAACGCCAGAAGCUGAUGGCCGUGACCGAGUACCUGGCCCCGCGGCCGGCCGUCCCGCCGCGAUGCCUGCCCCGCAGGAAGGAAACGCUCCAAGAGGACAAUGGUUACGCCCAGCUGUUACGGCGGCAGGUGGAGGACGUAUUCCGGGACAACCGGAUGAUUGCCAUCUGUCAGUACAAUUCCAUGCCCGAUGAGGACAUGGUGCUGAUGAGGCAUUACCUCCGAAAACACAACAUUGAGGUCAAGUUCGUCCUGAACGAGAUUGUCAGAUCUGUGCUGUCCCAGUCCAAGUACAAGAACCUCCUCCCUCUCUUCGUGGCACGCAAUAUCCUGCUGGUGAGCCAGGAGGCGAAGGUGAAGGAGAUGCUGCGGGUGCUGAAGGGAGUGCCACAGAUCAACCUCCUGGGCGCCUGCAUCGAUGACACCAUCCUGAGCAGGCAGGGAGUGGAGAACUUUGCCAAGCUGCCCUCGCUGGAGGCUGCCCAGGGGCAGACGGUUGGUGCCCUGGCCCUCCUGCCCUCCCAGACAUCCUCCCUGCUCCAGCGCGGCUCCAUGCACCUCACGGCCCUCUUGGAUCAGCACAUCCGCCAGCUGCAGGAUGGGGAGACGGGGAGCCCGGAUGAGCCCGCCCCUGCCCAGAGCUCAGACGCUCACUGACACUGGCCCCCGCACCCCGUCUGUUGGCCGGGAGCCGGUUCCUUUCCCAGCUGCAGUCGGGGGGGGUCAGGGGUUGAAGGUUUGGCCCAGGGUGGGCAGCCAGCGGUGGGACGGAGGGUCCUGCAGUAUGACCAGCCUGUUCAGGGAGCCUUUCCCUUUUCUCCCCGCACCGAUGGCACCUGGGAACAUGUCCCAGCUGUUUCAGGCGGAUUGGAGGGUCACUGGGAUUGGCUGGAGGAGGCAGAGUGCGGCGGGGACCCGUGGCCAUGCUGGAGGGGAGGAUGGCGAACGGGCCAUGCCCUCCGGGGUGGUGGCAGUGAGGGGGAGCGUGCUGUAACGCUGAUCUUGCCGUGUCUGUGGGAUCGCCAUCCUGUCCAUUAAAGCGAGCUGUGUGGUGGUGGA